GGCGGGGCGGUGCCUGUAGGAUCGGGGCGGGCAGCGGUGCGGCUCCCCGGUAGCGCUGCCCGGCGGCUCCAGGCGCUCCGUGCUCCGCGGCCGGUAUGGGCGGCUCAGCCUCCGGACCGCUGGACGACAGCAAGUGCGCCUACAUCCGAGGAAAAACAGAGGCUAUCAUCAAAAACUUCAGCCCACACUACAAACACCAGUACGCCGUGGCUUUCUGCAAGCAUGUGCAGGAUGAGCUGGAGCAGCACCGCAACUCCCAGUCCCAGUUCCUGAAAACCAGGCCCAAAUCAGAAGCUGGGACCGUCUUGUAUGAAACAGAGUUGCUGCAUUUUGCUGAGGAUGUGAAGAAGUGGAAGGACAGAUAUGUUGUUAUCAAAAAUGACUACACUGUAGAUUGCUUUGAGACCAAAGAGGCCUACCAGAAAGGACUCAGCCCUAAACAUCAUCUUGUUCCUGCGGGAGGCAAAGUACUGACUUUAGAAGAAGAUUACAAUUUGCUGUCUGAUAAACAUUUUCCAGAUCCUGUUGGGUUGUGUGGGAAGGAGACUGCUCAAGCCUUUGUUCAGCUACCAAGGGAGUUCCCGGUGUACCUCUGGCAGCCAUUUACCCGACACAGCUACUAUUGCUUCCAGGAGCCAGAAGCCCAGAGGCAGUUCAGCGCGGUGCUGAGUGACUGCGUGAGACACUCAAACUAUGAUUUUCUCAAGCAGACCACGUAUGAAGUUGAGGCGUUCUUAGAAGCCAUUCAGUUCUUCCGGCAGGAGAAGGGCCACUAUGGAACAUGGGAAAUGAUAACUGGCAAUGAAAAAGAGAUCUUGAGCAACCUUGUGAUGGAGGAGCUCCUUCCCAACCUCCAGACAAUGAUCCUGCCUAAAAUGAAAGGAAAGAGGAAUGACAGGAAGCGAGCCUGGUUUGGUUUUGUAGAAGAAGCUUAUGGCUUAGUCCAGCAGCAAGUUGCUGAAGGAUUGAGUACCUUGAAAGAAGAGUGCAGAGAUUUUGCAAAAACCCUUGAAGGCACCAUUCGCUCGGACAUGGAUCAGAUUCUGAGCUCCAAGAGCUUCUUAGCAGGAAAAAUCAAAGCCGCGGUUUCUGAGCCUGCCCAAAAGUGCUGCGCAGAAAAUAUCCAGCCCUUCCUUACAUCCAUUUUGGAGGAGCUCAUGGGUCCCGUGAGUUCUGGGUUCACAGAAGUUCGCUCACUUUUUGAUAAAGAAGUUAAUGAGAUCAUCCAGAACUUCCAGAAGACAAAUGAUCUCACCAAGCUAAAGGAGGAUGUGGAUCAGCUUAUGAAUCUACCGUUCAAUUCAUUGAAGAUGGAGCCCAGCUAUGUGAAAGUGAAUCUCCUCCAAGAGCUCCUUCAUGACCUCAAGAGUCGCUUCAAGGUGUAUCACAUUGACUUUGUGGUUCAGAGGACACAGAACUUCAUGCAAGAGCUGAUGGAAAACGCGGUUUAUACCUUUGAGCAGUUGUUCUCUCCGAGUCGCCAGGCAGACCCAGUGAAAGUCACAACAACCCUUGAAAAAGUGAAGCAGAGAGUGCUGAAGCAAUAUGAUUAUGACAGUAGCACUAUCCGGAAGAAGAUAUUUCAAGAAGCACUGGUACAGAUUACUUUGCCCACUAUGCAGAAGACAUUGGCUUCAACAUGCAAACCAGAGCUGCAGAAAUACGAGCAGUUCAUUUUUGCGGAUUACACCAGUGUGAUUCAAGUAGAGAAUGUGUAUGAAGAGAUUUUGUAUCAGAUGCUGCUUGAAGAAACCCUGAAAGUGAUAAAAGAAGCUGCUGUUCUAAAGAAGCAUAACCUCUUUGAAGAUAACUUGAACCUGCCCUGUGAAAGUGUGUCCAGUUUAACUGACCUGAAGACUCCUUCAGGGUCAGCACAAACCACUCCUGCUAAGAAGCCUUCUACCAUCAGAAUGGAAGCAUCAGAUACUGAAACUCAAAGUGAGGAGACGCUCAUUGUGACUGAAAAGAUUUUGUGGGAGAAGGAUCAUGAGGAUAGAAAGCCAUCAGACAGAGAGGCGGAUGUUAAUGUGGAUGGUAGGCAGGCAAGGAAAAGCGAAGAAGUGGUCAUUACAGAUAUCAGUGAAAAAUGGGAGUCCCUUCCCACUACCGCAGUGAAGCAAGAAUUUGCAGAGGGAAAUACUUCCUUGGAGAAUGAAAGCAUGGUGAAAGCAGACUCUGUAGGGGACACUGAGAAAAAGCUUAAGACACGGGAAGAAGCUGGGGAGGAAGAAGUAGCUUCUGAGACUGAAAAUACAUUGAGAGAUGUCAGUCCUGAGCAGGAACUUAAGGUACAUGAAGGAGCAGUGGAGGAGAAGGUGACUUCUGAAAAAGAAAGCAAAGAGCAGGAAGAAGGUGCUGAGAUAGAGCUGACUUCCCCACCUAAUAAAACAGCAGAAACAGAGGUUUUAGGAAGCGCUGAAAUGAAAAUCAAGAUAGAAGAAGGGGUUGCAGAAGAACCGUCACAAAAUGAAAAGGAUAGUAAAGAAAAAAGCAAGGACCAAGGAGCAAGCAUGGAGAUUAGUGUUGCUUCCCAGGAUGAACACACAGGUAAAGGAGCAUCUGGGGAUAAUCCCGAUAAAGAAAGUAAGUCAGAAGUAAAGAAUUCUGAACCACUUGAUGAUGUGAAUGAGAUAAGGAACUUGCUGAUGGUAACGGUUGAAUUACCAGCUGAUACUCCACCUGAGAAGGUAAAAGAGAUUUGUGAAGCUGAAACUCUAAAGUUGCAAGAGUAUGAAGGGAACACUGAGAUAAGCAAAACAGCUGCGGUAGAUGUUAAAGUUUGUGAGAUGAUGGUGAAUAAAGAUGCAACAGAAUGCAUGGAGUUCAAGGAGAACAAGCCGUCUUCAUCUAGCUGUGGGACAAAUGGUACCAGCAUAGGGAACGUGUCCAAGGUGGGCCGCGGUGUGGCACAGGCAGAAUGGCUGGUGGAAAUCUCAGAUACACCUCAAGAGGUAAAGUCAGAAGUUGAGAUCAAGCAAAGCAUGUGCCACAAAGAUGCAGGAAGUUGUGACAGUGAUAGAUUGCAUCCAGAAGAACACACUGAAAAUGCAUCUGAAGACAAAAGAUUAAGUGGGGAAGAAGGAGGAGCAGAGAACAGUCAUGCUGGCCUGGUGGAGGCAGAGACUGAGAGCUUUUUUCAUAAGCCUGCUGAAAAUCCAGAUGCAACGCAAGUGCCCAUUGUGAAUACAGAAGAGCCAAGAACAGGACUGGUAGAUGUGCCAUUUCUGUUGGUGGCAGAGCCGGACAAGGAGAGUGCUGUACAGGUCACAGCAGGUGCUGAGCUUGGUGAGAGCGAAGGGAAGCCAGAAGAUGAAUCAUCUUCUUCACACGUGGAAAUAAAAAGCUCAGAAGUAAAUAAUGUUUUCACGCAAGAAAACAGGGAAGAUAGUUCUGUACAGCAAAGCCCUGAAGAGUAAGAAGCAUUUUUCAGCCUAGCCCUCUAGGAUUUACUUGCUCCAGUAAACACUCUUUAAUCGUGAAUACAUACUUGAAUCUGAGCUAGAGGAAAUAGGCCGCACUGUGGUAUUACCAGCUCUUGCAAGUUUUAUCGCAGAUCCCUUCCUGAGUGAUGGGUGAUAGAUUUCUUUUCAGUUAAAGCCCUCUGUUUAAAACCAUAUCUCUGUUGGGAAACCUCAUCUUUCACUUCAAAUUUGCUGCCUUUUAUGAUUAUAGAAAAGUUUGAAAAUGUGGCCACUGAAUGCUUCCAAAGCAACUUAUCCCCAACUAGAAAGUUAUUUUAACAAUGUAAUACUUAAAUGUUUUAGCAGAGGAGUAGCUCAUGGUUUUUAAAUGCAUGGAUUCGACAGUACUGUUAGAAUUCUUAGGUGGUUGGUCCAUAGGUUACUAUUCAGUAUGUGCAUGCAGUAUAUGGGAAAUAAAUAAAACUUCUAGUAGUCAAGCAGGACUAGUUAAUUUAGUAGUCUGCUCAAAAGAUACACCCUGUGCAGAAGCUGCCAACUGAUUACUUAAUUAUUUUGAAGUUUUGACAGGUAUUAAAGUCAAGCAAGUGUUCUAGCUUUUUAUUCUUAUUUCUGUGUUUAAAAUGGGGGAAAUAUGAGAGCAGGUUUCUCAGUCCCACUCUGCUCUUCUGGGUAAUUUAGCCUUCCAGAGCACUUUAUUGUUAUUUUAUUUCAUGGAAGGGAAAGGUGAUGUUUACAGUAACUAUAACCAUUAGGCAGCAUCUUUUUGUUUUACUUCUCACCAUAAAAUAUACUCACUGAUAUCAAAUACAGAAUAUUAAGGGUCCUGCCAUUUACACUGCUACUGGCUUAACUUAGAGUUACCCUGUUCUGUAGGCCAUCUUAAAUUGCAGUGUUCAUGAAAUAUCAUGAUCACUGUGUAUAAUUUCUAAUACAGAUGUUAACUGAAGCAAAAAUCAGCUAAGGGUUAUAUUCCCUUUGCUUAGAUUUUAGAGGGCAGAAUCACAUUUUGAAAGCAGUAAGUAAAGUAAAAAAUUUGGACACGGGAAUAAAUAGCCAAACUGCCAAAGCACAUCAUACUCACUAGCACUUAACUUUAACAAGCUGUAAAAAGUCUAUUAUGUAAUGCCAUCAAAAUCUGCCGUAAUACUAACAGAACAGACACUAGAGGAACAGGCAGAUGUUACUACCUGAAUGUGUUGAAAUUAACUGAGCGGAGUGUCACCACUGUAACAUAAGCAUGACUGCUGUUCCUCCCAAGAGUCAUACUGCGUACAAAUGUCAGCAUCACAGAAUCACAGAAUAUGACCCAGGUUGGAAGGGACCUCAAGGAUCAUGUAGUUCCAACCCUCCUGCCUGGCAGGGCCACCAAACAUACACCUUUACUAGAUCAGGUUGCCCGGGGCCCCGUCCAACAGAUCCUUUCCUUGCAGAAGUCCUUUGCAGUAUUAUUUCCUCUAUGUACUUGGUGCAAGUCGCUCACUUGCAGACCACUAGCAGUGCUUUUUCUGUUUGUUUCUACACAUCAUCAACAACUGCUUUUCUUUUGUAACAUCUCUGUAGUUAUUCGUUCUCGGUUCUAAAUCUUAAGUGAAGUUCAAUGUGGUGAGGGGCUUUUUUGUGUGUGUUUCCUUAUGUUCUGGUGGUCACAAAGGGACGGUGAAGCCUCGGGGUGAAUAAGAGCACGUUGUGAGGGCAGAGGUGACACGAACACAGAGAAACGAGCAGUGCUCAACCAUUUUCACAUCUUUUUGCUCUCAUAUGUGAGCAGGCCUUAAAGGAGGGCUGUGCUGGGCCUGCUGUGUGGCUGUGGGUACAUGAGGGUCCUGGGCACACAGGGCAGGCUGUGAGUUCACACAGGAUGGGAAUCGUGGUGCUGCUUGUAACUCAAAUCCACGUUUAUUAAAGCAAUAAAGCACGUUCUUCCCUUGUGCUGAGA